AUGGAGAUCUCCUUCUCCAGGGCUUUCAGUGAGUGGGGCUGCAUCCACGGCUUUCUCACCAGGCUGACUGUGUGCAAGAACACAGUGUGCAAACGUGUGGUCGACCUGCCACACUCAUGCGGCUCUCUGACUUCGGAUGGUUCCUUCUACCUGAAGAACCCCUCAACGUGCCAACUCCCCAGCUUUAACCAUUUCCUCUUCUAUCUGCUGCUGGCGUGCGCUCUCCUCAAGCACAGGAACCAGGUCUCAGUUACCUCAGAGUCUCAACGCCAGGCUCCUGGUGGCUUUCACCCUCAAAGAGUCACCUCAAACAGCACACACACGGGACACAAGGUCCCCAGCCUGGGGCACCUCUGUGCCAACAUGGCCCAGACAGGUGUCUCCCUCCGCCGCAUCCCUGGGUACCUCACCUCUGCCCCGCAAGCCACCCUGCUCCUCAGCCUGGUCCUGGCCUCCUUCCACUGGUCCUGCAGUACAGAAGCCAGCAAAGGCAACUCAACCCUGAGUACACACCACCCAGACCCUGGGACUCUGGAGCAGUGUGCCAACGUCGACUUCUGCCCACUAGCCUCCCUGUGUUGCCGAGCUUCAGUGGAUGAAUAUGGCUGGAUUGCGGCGGCGGUUGGCUGGAGUCUCUGGUUCCUCACCCUCAUCCUGCUAUGUGUGGACAAGCUGAUGAAGCUAACCCCAGAGGAGCCCAAGGACCUGGCAGCAUGA